AGUUGAGUACUGUACUUCAAAUCGUUCACAUCUUGCCACUUGUUCGCUACUAAUUUUAGUUAAAACAAAGAUUGGUGGAAUUGAUUCAAAAUUAAAAGGAUAGGCCAAACUUGAAAAAAUGGCCGAAGCUGAAGGGGGGUCGGAACAGGAUGAUGUUUCAUUUCUUCGUACCGAAGACAUGGUUUGCUUGUCCUGUACAGCAACCGGCGAAAGAGUAUGCUUAGCAGCAGAAGGCUUCGGUAAUCGACAUUGUUUUCUGGAAAAUAUUGCGGAUAAAAAUAUUCCUCCAGAUCUAUCACAAUGUGUGUUUGUUAUUGAGCAAGCAUUGUCUGUGAGAGCUCUUCAAGAACUUGUUACUGCCACAGCAUCAGAAUCUGAUAACAGUUCAGUUCAAAAAGGAACAGGUUCAGGUCAUCGUACACUGCUUUAUGGCAAUGCCAUUUUACUUCGUCACCAAAACAGUGACAUGUACUUGGCAUGCUUGUCUACUUCAUCUUCUAAUGAUAAAUUGUCAUUUGAUGUGGGUUUGCAAGAACACAGUCACGGGGAAGCUUGUUGGUGGACUGUUCAUCCAGCUAGUAAACAAAGAUCUGAGGGUGAAAAAGUACGUGUUGGUGAUGACUUGAUUUUAGUAUCAGUCGCUACAGAACGUUAUUUACACACAACAAAAGAAAAUGAUUUUUCGAUUGUAAAUGCGAGUUUCCACGUUACACAUUGGUCAGUACAGCCUUAUGGUACUGGCAUAUCGAGAAUGAAAUAUGUAGGUUAUGUUUUUGGAGGUGAUGUUUUACGUUUCUUUCACGGAGGCGAUGAGUGCCUUACUAUACCUUCAACGUGGACUCGACAACCGGGUCAAAAUAUUGUCGUUUAUGAAGGAGGAUCUGUUAUGUCACAAGCUAGAUCCUUAUGGAGAUUAGAAUUAGCAAGAACAAAAUGGUCAGGAGGUUUUAUUAAUUGGUAUCAUCCAAUGAGAAUUCGUCAUUUGACUACUGGUAGAUAUUUAGGAGUUAAUGAAGCUAAUGAAUUAAUAUUGAUAUGCAGAGAAGAAGCAACAACAGCUCAGACAGCUUUUUGUUUGCGACAUGAGAAGGAUGAUCAGAAAGUUGUACUUGAAGAUAAAGAUUUAGAAGUUAUUGGUUCACCAAUCAUUAAAUAUGGUGAUUCCACAGUUAUUGUACAACAUGCAGAGUCGGGUUUAUGGUUAUCUUAUAAAAGUUAUGAGACUAAAAAGAAAGGUGUAGGAAAAGUUGAAGAAAAACAAGCUAUUUUACACGAAGAAGGUAAAAUGGAUGACGGUUUGGAUUUUUCACGUUCACAAGAAGAAGAAUCACGUACAGCUCGUGUAAUUCGUAAAUGUAGUAGUUUAUUUCAUAAGUUUAUAACUGGACUUGAGACAUUGCAACAAAAUAGAAGACACUCACUAUUUUUCCAAACCGUAAAUUUAAGUGAAAUGGUUAUGUGCUUAGAAGAUUUAAUUAAUUAUUUUGCACAACCAGAAGAUGACAUGGAGCAUGAAGAGAAACAAAACAAACUUCGAGCACUUAGAAAUCGUCAAGAUUUGUUCCAAGAAGAAGGAGUUUUGAAUUUAAUCUUGGAUGCUAUUGACAAAAUUAAUAUUAUCACAUCACAAGGCUUCCUUUCCUCAUUUUUGGCAAGUGAUGAAAGUGGCCAACAUUGGGAUAUGAUUUCAGCAUACUUGUAUCAAUUAUUGGCUGCGAUUAUAAAAGGAAAUCAUACUAAUUGUGCUCAAUUUGCCAACUCAAAUCGUUUAAAUUGGCUCUUUUCUCGAUUGGGUUCACAAGCAUCAAGUGAAGGUUCUGGCAUGUUAGAUGUAUUACAUUGUGUUUUAAUUGAUUCGCCAGAAGCUUUGAAUAUGAUGCGAGAUGAACAUAUCAAAGUUAUUAUUUCACUGCUUGAGAAACAUGGACGUGAUCCAAAAGUUUUGGAUGUUUUAUGUUCACUCUGUGUUGGUAAUGGAUUCGCCGUUCGAAGUUCUCAAAAUAAUAUUUGUGACUAUUUAUUACCCGGAAAAAAUCUUCUCCUUCAAACACAACUUGUAGAUCAUGUUGCUAGCGUUAGACCAAAUAUUUUCGUAGGAAGAGUCGAAGGAUCAAGCUUUUAUCAGAAAUGGUAUUUCGAAGUUGUAACUGACCAUAUUGAACAAAUUACACAUAUGAUCCCACACUUGAGAAUUGGCUGGGCUAAUUCAAUGGGAUAUGUGACUUAUCCAGGAGGUGGUGAAAAAUGGGGAGGAAAUGGUGUAGGAGAUGAUUUAUACAGUUAUGGAUUUGAUGGUGUAAAUUUCUGGACAGCUGGAAGAAAAACACAAAUAGUUCCUGAAUCGCUAUCAGAAUUUAAUAUCAAGAAAGGAGACGUCAUUGGAUGUUCUCUUGAUUUAAGCGUUCCAAUCAUAACUUUCACUUACAACGGUCUCAAAGUAACUGGAUGCUUCCGUGACUUUAACUUGGACGGAAUGUUUUUCCCAGUUAUUAGUUGUUCAUCAAAAGUAAGCUGUCGUUUCUUAUUUGGAGGUGACCACGGAAAGUUGAAAUAUGCACCUCCAAUUGGAUAUUCUCCAUUAGUACAGUGUUUAAUGCCACAUCAAAUAUUAUCUUUAGAUCCUUGCUUCUAUUUUGGAAACUUGAAUAAAAAUGUAUUGGCUGGUCCAUGGCUUGUGGAGGAUGACACAGCAUUCGUUCCAACUCCAGUUGAUACCACAGCUGUAACUUUGCCUUCAUUCGUAGAGAACAUUAAAGAUAAAUUAGCCGAAAAUAUUCACGAAAUGUGGGCUUUAAAUAAAAUUGAAGCUGGAUGGAUUUGGGGUGAACGACGGGAUGAUUUCAUGAGAGUUCAUCCCUGCUUGACUCCAUUUGAUAAACUUCCAGCACCAGAAAAGAGAUACGAUUGUCAAUUAGCUGUUCAAACUUUGAAAACAAUUAUUGCUCUCGGUUAUUACAUUACACUUGAUAAGCCACCAGCACGUAUAAGACCAAUAAGGUUGCCAAAUGAUCCUUAUAUGCAAGCAAAUGGCUACAAACCAUCACCACUUGAUUUGAAUGCUGUUACUUUAACUCCAAAACUCGAGGAGCUUGUUGAUCAAUUAGCAGAAAAUACACAUAAUUUGUGGGCAAAAGAAAGAAUUCAACAAGCAUGGACAUAUGGAUUGAAUGAAGAUUCUGAAAAUUAUAGAAGUCCUCAUUUAGUUCCAUAUUCAAAAGUUGAUGAUGCAAUUAAAAAAGCAAAUCGUGACACAGCAUCAGAAACUGUAAAAACAUUAUUGGUUUACGGUUACAUCUUGGAUCCACCAACAGGAGAAGCAAAUGAAGCCUUAUUAGCUGAGGCACUAAAGCAAAAGUAUGCUGCAUUUAGAACAUAUCGUGUUGAAAAGACUUACUCAGUUACUUCAGGAAAAUGGUACUUUGAAUUUGAAGUCUUAACUGCUGGUCCAAUGAGAGUAGGUUGGGCACGAUCUGACGCAGCUCCAGGAUUAAUGCUAGGAAGUGAUGAUAGUUCAUGGGCAUUUGAUGGCUAUAAUGAAGAAAAAAUAUACGCUGGAGGUGCUGAAUCUUUUGGCAAACAAUGGGUUCCUGGUGAUAUUGUUGGAGUGUUCCUCGACCUUGUUGAUCACACUAUAAGCUUUUCAUUGAAUGGAGAACUUUUGAUGGAUGCUUUAGGAGGUGAAACAAGUUUCGCGGAUGUCCAUGCAGAAAAUGUUGGUUUUGUUCCAGCAUGCACUUUAGGUGUUGGCCAAAAAGCAAGAUUAACAUAUGGUCAAAAUGUCGAUUCACUUAAAUUCUUCACCACAUGUGGUCUUCAAGAAGGCUAUGAACCAUUCUGCGUCAAUAUGAAACGUCCAGUGACUCAUUGGUAUACGAAAGAUCAACCAAUAUUCGAAAACACUGAAGAGAUUGCAGAUUGUAAAAUUGAUGUUACAAGAAUUCCAGGUGGUGCUGAUAGUCCACCAUGUCUUAAAAUCUCUCACAAUACAUUUGAAACUAUGGAAAAGGCAAACUGGGAAUUCUUACGUUUAUCAUUACCAGUCACAUGUCUGAGUGGCUUCAUUAAUGAACAAGAAAAGGUCCGUCGAUGGGAAGAAAUUCGUUUAAGGCAGCAUAGAAUAUUAGCCGAAGUUGAAAAUACAACUCCAGCUCAUUACGAACAUAUUAUGAGAUCUGGUUUCACAAUGAAUGACAUUAAAGGACUUCAAAGAAAUUAUAAUGAAGAUGCAGUUGAAGCUGAUGAAGUACUACGUCCACCCAGACCACCACGAAAGGGAUCAUUAUCAGGAAGACCUAAUGGAAUGUUUGAUGCUCCAACUUUAGAAAUUAAUGGUCAAAUGCAAAGAUCAACAAGCGAGCUUGAUAUGAAUCAAUAUAGUGAAGGUGAAAUGGAUAAGGAUGAUAAGAAAAAACGUGGUAGGUCUCCAUUUAGAUUGUUUGGUAAGAAACGUGAUCAGUCGAAAGAUAAAUUGAAAGCAAAACACGAUAUGGAUGAUAAGCGUCUAUUGCAAGGAAGAAAUGUUAUUCAGUCAAAUGUCAUGACACGCUCUCCAACAGUAAGAGUUUCUAAUGCUGAUUUGAGAGUACAAGCUCCAUCUGUUCCAGAUCGUCAAAAAAUGUUGGGAUCACAACAUAUAGAGUCUAUUGGAAACGAAGUUUAUGACAGUGAUUGUUUAAAACUUAUUAAUGAAUACUUCUAUGGAGUUAGGAUUUAUCCCGGACAAGAUCCAACUCAUGUUUAUAUUGGAUGGGUUACAACACAAUAUCAUUUACAUAGUCAUGAUUUUAAACAAGAAAGUGUACGUAGAGCGGCUGUUUUACUUGAAAACGAAUAUGAACAAACAAUCCAGAGUGUUACUCGAGAAGCUUGUUAUGUCGUGCGAGCUGAUGAAUUAUUCAAUGAAGUUUCACAAGAUACAUCUGGUAAAGGAGCUAGUCAAGGUAUGUUUGUUGGCUGCUUCGUUGAUACAGCUACAGGAAUAAUUCGUUUUACAUGUGAGGGAAAAGAAACAACUCAUCGUUGGCAAAUGGAACCAGAAACAAAACUGUUUCCAGCAAUUUUCGUUGAAGCCACAAGUAAAGAGAUUCUUCAAAUUGAAUUAGGAAGAACUCCAACGACACUGCCAUUAUCAGCUGCUGUUUUACCAACAAGCGAUAAACAUGUCAAUCCACAAUUUCCACCUCGUUUAAAGGUUCAAUGUUUAAAACCUCACCAAUGGGCUCGUGUGCCUAAUGUUGCUCUUCAAAUUCACGCAUUAAAAUUGAGUGAUUUAAGAGGUUGGUCAAUGUUAUGUGAAGAUGCAGUAUCAAUGCUAGCUUUACAUAUACCAGAGGAGGAUAGAUGUAUUGAUAUUUUGGAACUUAUUGAAAUGGAAAAGCUAUUAUCUUUCCAUUCUCAUACUUUGACUUUAUAUGCUGCACUUUGCUAUCAAAGCAAUUAUAGAGCUGCACACUCUUUAUGUCAACAUGUUGACCAAAAACAAUUGCUUUAUGCUAUUAAGUCUGAAUAUAUGAGCGGCCCAUUGCGUUUAGGAUUUUGCGAUUUGUUGAUUGCAUUACAUUUAGAAUCGCACGCUGCUACAAUGGAAGCCUGUAAAAACGAAUUUAUCAUCCCACUCGGUCCAGAAUUAAAGGAGCUCUACUCUGAUCAUGAAAUGUGUCAUUCUUUGAGAUCUUUACAAGUUCAUUCAGUUAGACCAUCUUUGAAAAUGACAGAAAUUGCUCCUCCCACACCCAAUGUUCAACCACAAGUAGUAGCACCUGCUAUUAGCAGUGAGCCGAUCCCAGUCAUCGAUCAAUUAUAUUCACCGAAAUUCCCACUUGAAGUUGUAAGGGAAUUUGUUAUGGGAGCUAUACAAGAAGCAGUAGACAUAAAUCAAGUUCACAACCGUGAUCCUAUUGGAGGCUCAAAUGAAAACUUGUUCUUACCAUUGAUUAAGCUAACUGACAGAUUAUUGCUGGUCGGUGUACUCACUGAUGAUGACGUACAGAAAUUACUUGUUAUGAUUGAUCCUGAAACAUGGGAUUAUACAUUUAAUAAAGAGGGUAAAGAUGAACACCGUAAAGGUUUGUUGACAAUGAAGAUGGCAGAAGGAGCUAAACUUCAAAUGUGCUACUUGCUUCAUCAUUUGUGUGAUAUGCAAUUGCGCCAUCGCACAGAAAGUAUCAUAGCAUUUUCGCAUGAUUUUGUUGGAGAUUUGCAAACGGAUCAGCUUAGACGUUAUAUAGAAAUUAAACAGUCUGAUUUGCCAAGUGCAGUGGCUGCUAAGAAAACAAGAGAGUUCCGUUGUCCACCAAGAGAACAAAUGAAUGCAAUUCUCAAUUUCAAAAACUUGGAAGAGGAUGAGGACAAUGCAACAUGUGGAGGAGAUUUACGCGAAAAAUUGAAUGAGUUCCAUGAACAAUUGAUGCAAAAAGUAUCUUUGAAUGCCUUAGUUGAACCUGAAGCACCUGAAACUGAUGCAUUAGCUGAAAAACAAGGUGCAAUGAAAAAGUUAUAUAAUUUAAUCAAUGCCGUAAAGGAAAUGGAAGAAGAAGGAAAAGCUAAUGAAGAGCCUGAGAAAAAGACACCCGAAGAAAUCUUUCGUAAAGUUUUAAUCAAGACCAUAGUAUCAUGGGCUGAAGAAUCACAAAUUGAAACACCACGAUUGGUUCGUGAAAUGUUUGGGCUUCUUGUGCGACAGUAUGAUACAGUUGGUGAACUUAUUAGAGCUCUUGAAAAAACAUAUGUUAUUAAUGCAAAGACAAAAGAUGAUGUCGCCAACAUGUGGGUUGGAUUGAGUCAAAUUCGUGCAUUAUUGCCUGUACAAAUGUGUCAAGAAGAGGAAGAGCUGAUGAGAAAGAGAUUGUGGAAAUUAGUCAACAAUCAUACUUUCUUCCAGCAUCCUGAUUUAAUCAGAGUUUUGAGAGUUCAUGAAAACGUUAUGGCAGUAAUGAUGAACACUUUAGGAAGAAGAGCUCAAGCUCAAAGUGAUUCACCCGUGAAUGCUGGCGAAGGAAAUGAAGCUCCUGUGAAAGAGAAAGAUACAUCUCAUGAAAUGGUUGUAGCUUGUUGUAGAUUUUUGUGCUAUUUCUGUCGUACAGGAAGACAAAAUCAAAAGGCUAUGUUCGAUCACUUUGACUUUUUGCUAGAAAAUUCAAAUAUUUUACUGUCAAGACCAAGUUUAAGAGGUUCAACACCACUUGAUGUUGCUUACUCAAGUUUGAUGGAAAAUACAGAAUUAGCUCUUGCUCUCCGUGAGCAUUAUCUUGAAAAGAUUGCAAUUUAUUUAUCAAGAUGUGGUUUGCAAAGUAAUUCUGAAUUAGUCGAAAAGGGAUAUCCAGAUUUAGGUUGGGAUCCUGUUGAAGGUGAAAGAUUCCUUGACUUUUUACGUUUCUGUGUAUGGGUAAAUGGUGAAAGUGUUGAAGAAAAUGCCAAUCUUGUAAUUAGAUUGUUGAUUCGUCGACCAGAAUGUCUUGGACCUGCUCUUCGUGGUGAAGGUGAAGGUCUUUUGAAGGCAAUUAUUGAAGCCAACAAAAUGUCAGAAAGAAUAUCAGACAGACGUAAACUUCAAGAUGAAGCAGAAGGACAAAUGAAUAUGGCUUUUAAUCAUCCACUUCCUGAAAGUGACGAUGAUGAAGACUAUAUCGAUACUGGAGCAGCAAUUUUAGCAUUUUAUUGUACGUUAGUUGAUUUACUUGGAAGAUGUGCACCAGAUGCUAGUGUAAUUGAGCUUGGAAAGAACGAAUCACUUCGUGCCAGAGCUAUUUUACGUUCACUAGUUCCUCUAGAAGAUUUGCAAGGUGUGUUGAGUUUAAAGUUUACACUCACUAAUCCAGCAGCAGGAGAAGAACGUCCAAAAUCUGAUAUACCAUCAGGAUUGAUUCCCGGACAUAAACAAAGUAUUGUUAUGUUCUUGGAAAGAGUUUAUGGCAUAGAGACACAAGAAUUGUUCUACAAAUUAUUGGAAGAUGCAUUCUUGCCUGAUCUUCGCGUUGCCACAAUGUUAGAUAGAUGUGAUGGAUCUGAAAGUGACAUGGCUUUAUCAAUGAACCGUUAUAUUGGAAAUUCAAUUUUGCCUGUGCUUAUUAAGCACUCAAGAUUUUAUAAUGAAGCUGAAAACUAUGCAUCACUUUUAGAUGCAACAUUGCAUACAGUUUAUCGUCUUUCUAAGAACAGAAUGCUUACAAAAGGACAACGUGAAGCUGUUUCAGACUUCUUGGUUGCUCUAACCACAGCUAUGCAGCCAGCUAUGCUUCUAAAACUUCUGAGAAAGCUUACAGUUGAUGUCUCAAAACUCUCAGAAUACACUACUGUUGCAUUGAGACUUUUGACUUUGCAUUACGAACGCUGUGCAAAAUACUACGGAUCAACUUCAGGUCAAGGAUCUUAUGGUACUUCUUCAGAUGAAGAAAAACGCUUGACAAUGUUGUUGUUCUCAAACAUCUUUGAUUCUUUAAGUAACAUGGAUUAUGAACCAGAACUAUUCGGAAAGGCACUUCCUUGUUUAAUUGCUAUUGGAUGUGCACUGCCACCUGAUUACAGUUUGUCUCAAAAUUCAGAUGACGAUUUGUAUGGCAAACCAACAGGUGGAGGACCAGAUCAACCACAAUAUAAUCCACAACCAAUUAUGACUAUCAGCAUUAACUUAAACACUGAUCUUAACACGAUCAUUCAAAAGUUUAGUGAACAUUAUCAUGAUGCAUGGGCAUCAAGAAAGUUAGAAAACGGAUGGGUCUUUGGAGAUCAAUGGUCAGAUUCACAAAAGAAUCAUCCUCGAUUAAAGCCUUAUAACAUGCUGAAUGAAUAUGAAAAGGAAAGAUACAAGGAUCCCGUUAGAGAAAGCUUAAAAGCUCUUUUGGCUCUUGGAUGGACAGUGGAACACUCAGAAUCAGACCUGCCUGGUUCCUCAAGAGGAUCAAUUCGAAGAUCAUCAAAACCAGAAGCGCAUUCUCAAGAUUCAUCAUCUCCAUUCAAUUAUCAUCCACAUCCGGUUGAUAUGACAAACUUAACAUUGAGCAGAGAAAUGCAAAACAUGGCAGAACGAUUAGCUGAAAAUGCUCAUGAUAUUUGGGCUCGUAAAAAAAUGGAGGAACUGUCAACAUGUGGAGGAAGCAUUCAUCCACAAUUGGUUCCUUAUGAUCUCCUCACUGACAAGGAAAAGAAGAAGGACAGAGAACGAUCACAAGAAUUCCUUAAAUAUUUGCAAUAUCAAGGAUAUAAGCUCCACAAGCCAUCAAAAGGAACUGGAGAUUCAGAAUUAGCCAAUAUUCAAGCUGCAAUUGAAUCAAGAUUUGCAUAUUCCUUAUUGCUAAAACUGAUCAACUAUCUUGAUAAGGCUACGGUUAAUAUGAAAUUACUUAAGCCUUCUUCAAUAUUCAGUCGACGAUCUUCAUUCAAGACCAGCUCUCGGGACAUUAAGUUCUUCUCUAAAGUAGUUUUGCCAUUGAUGGAAAAAUAUUUCUCAACUCACCGCAACUACUUUAUUGCAAUUGCAACUGCCACUAAUAAUAUUGGAGCAGCAUCUCUUAAAGAAAAGGAAAUGGUUGCUGCUUUGUUCUGUAAACUAGCAAAUCUUUUGCGUAAUAGACUCACUGCUUUCGGAGCUGAUAUUCGUAUAACAGUCCGUUGCUUACAAGUGCUUGUUAAAAGUAUUGAUGCAAAAUCACUUGUCAGAAAUUGUCCUGAAUUUAUUCGUACAUCUAUGUUGACGUUCUUUAAUAAUGCUGCUGAUGAUUUAGGUCAUACAAUUAUGAACUUAGUGGAUGGAAAAUAUAGCCAUUUAAGAGGAACACAUUUAAAAACCUCUACGUCUUUACAAUAUGUCCAUCAAGUUAUAUUACCAGUUUUGACAGCAAUGUUUGAUCAUUUAGCAUCAUGCGAGUAUGGAAACGAAUUCUUGCUUGAUGAAAUCCAAGUAGCUUCAUAUAAAAUUCUGUUAGCAUUGUAUACUUUGGGUACUGAUAACACACUAAGUCAUGAUCGAAAAUAUCUUAAAACAGAAUUUGAGAGACAUAAACCAGCUUUGGGUUCGUGCUUGGGAGCCUUCAGUUCUACGUUUCCUGUAGCAUUUUUGGAACCACAUUCAAAUAAGAAUAAUCCAUUUUCACUCUUGAAUCGAAUUGCUGAUCAUUCUUUAGAAGCUCAAGAUAUAAUGUCAAAGAUGGAUAGUUCAAUGCCAACACUAGAAGCUGUAAUGCAUGAAGUGGAACAGUAUGUUGAAUCAGAAAAGAGUUAUCAAGAAGCUCAACAUGUCAUUGAUGUGAUCAUGCCAUUAUUGUGUUCAUAUCUUCCAUUCUGGUGGAAUCAAGGACCUGAUAAUGUUAAUCCAACAUCUGGAAAUCAUGUCACAAUGAUCACAGCUGAUCAUAUGAAUCAGUUGCUCAAGCACGUCUUAAAACUUAUUAAGAAGAAUAUUGGAAAUGAGAAUGCACCUUGGAUGACAAGAAUUGCAGCAUACACUCAACAAAUUAUUAUCAAUAGUUCCGAAGAACUUCUUAAAGAUCCAUUCUUGCCUUUAGCUGAAAGAGUCAAGAAACGUGUUGAAAAUAUGUUCCACAAAGAAGAAAGUUUGAGAGGUUUCUUAAAAUCAUCUACAGAUGAUACAUCUCAAAUAGAGUCGCAAAUUCAAGAAGAUUGGCAACUCCUCGUUCGAGAUAUUUACUCUUUCUAUCCGCUGCUUAUUAAAUAUGUUGAUUUACAAAGAAAUCAUUGGCUAAAGAACAAUAUAAUUGAAGCAGAAGAACUUUAUAAUUCUGUAGCUGAAAUAUUUAAUAUUUGGUCAAAGAGUCAGUACUUCUUAAAGGAAGAGCAAAACUUUAUUAGCGCAAAUGAAAUUGACAAUAUGGCACUUAUAAUGCCAACUGCCUCAAGACGCUCAGCAGCAUCAGUUGAAGGGCAACAACCACAAAGUGGUGGAAAAAUAAAGAAAAAGAAAAAGAACAGAGAUAAGAAGCGAGACAAAGAUAAGGAAAUUCAAGCAAGUUUAAUGGUUGCUUGUUUAAAACGUCUACUGCCCGUUGGUUUGAAUCUAUUUGCUGGUCGCGAACAAGAAUUAGUUCAACAUUGUAAAGAUAGAUAUUUAAAGAAACUGCCUGAAUACGAAGUUGUAGAAUUUGCACGUAUUCAAUUAACUUUACCAGAUAAGCUCGAUCCAGCUGAUGAGAUGAGCUGGCAGCACUACCUUUAUUCAAAAUUGGGAAAGAAACAUGAGCAUCCACUUGAAGAAACUAAUGAAAAAGUAACUGCUGCAGAAAAGAAAGGAGAAGAGAAAAAAAUUGAAGAAACAGUGGAAAGAAUUGUAGCAAUGGCGAAAGUUUUGUUUGGAUUGCACAUGAUUGACCAUCCACAACAACAGAGUAAAAACGUUUAUCAUAGUGUCGUUAGCAUUCAGAGGAAGCGAGUUGUAAUCGCAUGUUUCAGACAAACUUCUUUACACUCAUUGCCAAGACAUCGGGCAUGUAAUAUAUUUGCAAAGACAUACAAGGAUUUGUGGCUUCAAGAAGAGAAUACAGGACAAGAAGUUAUGAUUGAAGAUCUUACGCAAUCUUUUGAGGAUUCGGAAAAAAAGAAAAAGGAAGAUGAAGAAGAGGAAGGAAAACCUGAUCCAUUAACACAACUUAUCACUACUUUCUGUCGUGGUGCAAUGACAGAAAGAUCGGGUGCUCUACAAGAGGAUCCUCUUUAUAUGUCAUAUGCUGAAAUUAUUGCCAAAUCUUGUGGUGAAGAGGAAGAAGAAGGCGGAGAGGAGGAAGAGAAUGAAGCUGAAGAAGAAGGUGGUGCUAGCAUUCAUGAACAAGAAAUGGAGAAACAAAAACUUUUGUUCCAUCAAGCUCGCUUAGCUAAUCGAGGAGUAGCUGAAAUGGUGUUGCUUCAUAUUAGUGCAUCUAAAGGUGUACCAUCUGAUAUGGUUAUAAAGACUUUGGAAUUGGGUAUUGCUGUCCUUAGAGGAGGUAACAUUGAUAUUCAAAUGAGAAUGUUAAAUCACCUGAAAGAAAAGAAGGAUGUUGGAUUUUUCACAUCCAUUGCUGGUUUAAUGAAUUCAUGCAGUGUACUUGACCUGGAUGCUUUCGAAAGAAAUACUAAAGCUGAGGGUCUUGGUGUUGGAUCAGAAGGUGCUGCUGGUGAAAAGAAUAUGCAUGAUGCAGAGUUUACAUGUGCAUUAUUCCGUUUCAUUCAAUUGACUUGUGAAGGUCACAACUUAGAAUGGCAAAAUUAUUUGAGAACACAAGCUGGUAAUACCACAACAGUAAAUGUUGUCAUUUGCACUGUCGAUUACCUUCUACGUCUGCAAGAAUCUAUCAUGGACUUUUAUUGGCAUUAUUCAAGCAAAGAGUUGAUUGACCCAGCAGGAAAAAUUAAUUUCUUCAAAGCUAUUGGUGUUGCUAGUCAGGUCUUUAACACACUUACUGAAGUUAUUCAAGGUCCAUGUACACAAAAUCAACAAGCUUUGGCACAUUCAAGAUUGUGGGAUGCUGUAGGAGGUUUCUUAUUCUUGUUCAGUCACAUGCAAGAAAAACUUUCAAAGCAUUCAUCACAAGUUGAUUUAUUAAAAGAACUUUUAAAUUUACAAAAAGACAUGAUUACAAUGAUGCUCUCCAUGUUGGAAGGAAAUGUUGUAAAUGGUACCAUUGGUAAACAGAUGGUUGACACAUUGGUUGAAUCUGCAUCUAACGUAGAAUUAAUUUUGAAAUACUUUGAUAUGUUCCUUAAAGUAAAAGAUUUAAUUUCAUCUCCAAGUUUCAUGGAAAUAGAUCCAAAUGCUGAUGGUUGGGUAUUGCCCAAAGACUUCAGAGAUAAAAUGGAGCAGCAAAAGAGCUACACCCCUGAGGAAAUCGAUUUUAUGAUUGCUUGCUGUGAAGUAAACCAUGAUGGAAAGAUUGACUAUAUCGGUUUCUGUGAUCGUUUCCAUGAGCCAGCCAAGGAAAUUGGUUUCAAUUUAGCUGUAUUGCUUACAAACUUAUCAGAACACAUGCCAAAUGAGCCUAGACUUGCCAGAUUCUUAGAAACUGCAAGUUCAGUUCUUAACUAUUUUGAACCAUUCUUGGGCAGAAUUGAGAUUUUGGGAUCAUCGAAGAAAAUUGAACGAGUUUACUUUGAAAUUAAGGAAUCAAAUAUUGAGCAAUGGGAAAAACCUCAGAUCAAAGAAUCAAAACGAGCAUUCUUCUAUUCAAUUGUUACUGAAGGAGGUGACAAAGAAAAAUUGGAAGCUUUUGUUAAUUUCUGCGAAGAUGCAAUCUUUGAAAUGACUCAUGCUUCAGAAAUUAUGGCAACCGAUGAGAAAAGUGGUAGCACUAGAAGAGAAGCUUCCUAUAGUUCAUAUAUAAGUGAAGAAGAUGAAGAAAAGGCUAAUAGGGAUCCAAUUAGAAAAACUAUACAAGCAACAAAAGACGGAUUAAAGCAGCUUGCUUUCUUAUUUAGUCCAACUAAUAUUAAGCAUCAAAUUGGUGUUAUGCAAACUAAAUCAAUUCCUGAAUUGAUUGUUGGAUUCUUUAAACUAAUAUUUUAUGCUUUCUAUUACACUGGUUACGGAUUUUAUGCAAUUUUACGCUAUUUCUUUAAUAUUUUAAUGAACUUAAUGAGAGGACCUGCAGUAGAAGAAGAAGAAAUGCCACUUAUUCCGGAAAUUGAAAGUUUACCGACACUAGCACUGCCACCUUUACCAGAUGAACGAUCAAGUACGCCGCCUAUGGAAACGACAAAAGAAGAAGGAGGAACAGAAGCAGCAAGUUUGAGUAAAAAGGAAGAUGGUAGUGCAGAAGGAUCGUCUCCUGAAGAACAAGGAGAGUCAACUGAUUCUGAAGUGCAUAUCGAGCCACCAAUGACACUUCAAGAUCUUUUAGGUGGUGAGGCAGCUAAAGCAGCAGAAAAAGAAAGAUCAGAAGCUCAAAAAGUACAGGAGGCUGCUAUGGCUAGUAUCGAAUCAGAGAAUAGAAAACAAUCUCAAAAUACAACUGAACCUGCUGCUGUCAAUCAAAUUGAUUUCUCACAGUAUGCUCAUAAAGCAGUCAGUUUCUUAGCACGAAACUUUUAUACUCUUAAAUAUGUUGCUCUUGUGUUGGCUUUCUGCAUCAAUUUUAUGCUUCUGUUCUAUAGAGUAACAACAUUUGGAGAAGAAACUGAAGGCUCUGGAGAUAGUGAUUUGGGUAGCAUUGAUGGAUCUGGAGGAUCUGGAUCAGGUGCUGGUAUAGAUCUCGGUAGUGCAGAAGGUUCGGGUGGUGAAGAAGAAGAAGAUCCGCUAGAGUUAGUACAAGUAGAUGAAGUUUAUAUAGAGCAUGUUAUGAGAUGCGCUGCAGCUCUGCAUAGUUUGGUUUCUUUAUGUAUGUUGAUUGCUUACUAUCACUUGAAAGUACCAUUGGCUAUUUUCAAACGCGAAAAGGAAAUUGCACGUCGGUUGGAAUUUGAUGGACUCUUUAUUGCUGAACAACCAGAAGAUGAUGAUAUAAAAUCACAUUGGGACAAACUUGUUAUUAGUUCAAAGAGCUUCCCUGUGAAUUACUGGGAUAAAUUUGUCAAGAAAAAGGUUCGACAAAAGUACAGUGAGACAUACGAUUUUGACUCAAUAUCAAACUUGCUUGGAAUGGAAAAGACCGCAUUUGGAACUCAAGAAGUAAGUGAAAGUGGAGGACUUAUUCACUUUAUUUUGAAUAUUGAUUGGAGAUAUCAAGUAUGGAAAGCUGGUGUAACAAUUACGGAUAACUCAUUCUUGUAUUCACUUUGGUACUUUACCUUUUCAAUCUUGGGAAAUUUUAAUAACUUCUUCUUUGCUGCUCACUUGUUGGAUGUCGCUGUUGGUUUUAAAACAUUGAGAACUAUUUUGCAGUCAGUAACACACAAUGGAAAGCAACUGGUGUUGACUGUCAUGCUGCUUACUAUUAUUGUGUAUAUUUACACCGUCAUCGCCUUCAAUUUCUUCCGUAAAUUUUAUAUCCAAGAAGAAGAGGACGAGGUUGAUAAGAAAUGUCAUGACAUGUUAACGUGCUUUGUGUUCCACUUGUAUAAAGGUGUUCGUGCGGGUGGUGGCAUCGGUGAUGAAAUUGGAGACCCAGAUGGAGAUGACUAUGAAGUUUAUCGUAUCAUAUUUGAUAUCACAUUCUUCUUCUUCGUUAUUGUUAUCUUGUUGGCUAUCAUUCAGGGUUUGAUUAUUGAUGCUUUCGGUGAGCUUCGUGAUCAACUUGAAUCGGUGAAAGAAGACAUGGAGUCUAAUUGCUUCAUCUGUGGUAUUGGAAAAGAUUACUUUGAUAAAGUACCGCACGGCUUUGAUACACACGUAGCUCAAGAGCAUAAUCUGGCAAAUUACAUGUUCUUCCUUAUGCACUUGAUUAAUAAACCGGACACGGAAUAUACGGGUCAGGAGACGUACGUUUGGAAUAUGUAUCAACAACGAUGUUGGGACUUCUUCCCCGUUGGUGACUGCUUCAGAAAACAAUAUGAGGACGAACUGGGAGGCAGUCAGUAAUUUUUUUUUAAGUUUUUUAAUGCACCUACGAAUAUUAGAAAUUUUUCAACGAUACAUUAAACGAGAAUAGUAAAGGAUAUGAAAAAAAUUCAUAGAGAAUUAAACGAAUUUUUAAUUGUUGUUAUUUAUAAAGUUAUAUCAAGUGUGAAUUUUU